AUGAUAAUCAAAACGUUGAAAGAGACAAAGCAGCUUCUUCGCCCCAAGUCGCUAUGCAUAGACAUCAUUCUGCAUCCUCCCUCGAAGAAGCAUUACAGUACCAACUUCCGCUCCCCCGUGUGGCGCUGUUUAAGAGGCCCCCGUAGCAGCGACAGAGGUAGGCCCAUCCACACGCGUACUGAACUGAAUUCACAAAAUGGAUCCCUACCGAACGUAUUCGAAGAAGAAUUGAGUAAUGUGUUUAAUGAGUACCCCCUAUCAUCGACUCAAAGGAACAGACAGAUUGGCGAUGAGGAAAUAAUUAUAACGGAUGAGGAGAGAGACGAACUGAAGAGAAUCGGAAAUGUCGUGAAGAUAGAUCAGUCCUCCUACGGGGUGGUGCUCCAAAUUAAUAAGCACAGCGUAGUGCUGGGUAGGGUCAAGAAUGUCACCUUGGAGGGGGGCAAAGCGAAGGUAGAGGAAUAUACCACCAAACUUGUAUCCGAACAGAAGGCCCAAACAAAUGUGUAUACCCCUUUCGAGUACCUUAAUUACCUCCUAGCCAAGGAACCAACCAAUCAGAUAAUAAACCUAUUUAGGGAUAGGGUGAAAGAGACCUACCAUGGGAGGGUAGCCAUAAAGCAGCUGCACACCAAUUUACUACUCAUUGACCUUUUUAACAAGAUAAAUUACGGACAGAAGAUCUGCAUCUCUGGAGAAAAGGACACAGGAAGGGGAGAAGUUAUCCAGUCCAUCCUGUAUGAAAAUUUGCUAACCAACUUGAUUCACAAGAAUGAGAAUUUUUUUAUCAUUUGUUCGAAUGGCGCCAAGUCGGAGACGCUGGGUCUGUUCCACGACCUGCACAAAUGGUUAACCCUCGCGUGCGCGGGGGGAGCGAAAAGCCAUUUGGUGGGCGGUUUGUCCAGUGGUCUGUCGGAUGAGCUUGGGGGCGGCUUAUCGGGUGAACCUGCUGACCAUUUUCCAGACCCCCUUCCGCCCCCCCACGAGCUGUACUCCAAGAACUACUCCCUCGACGGGGUCAAGCUGCCGAACGACGUGUUGCUGAUAUGUACGCCCCCCCAAGGGGGGUCCAAGGUGGCGACCUACAUCUCGCCACUCCUCCCCCUCUACAAUUUGGAGGAGUACAAAAGGAAGUACAAAAAUGUUGUGCUCAUAUUUUACGACGUGACGACGUAUAGUGAAAUUUGUUCUGAGCUGCAAAAGGAGAUGGCAUUCUUUGUGAGGAAUUACGCGAAGCAAAUAGAGGAGGCCCUCGGGGGAAGAUCCUCUACAAGUGUACCUCUAAUCCCGGCAGCUCUUCCACUGUCUGUGCAGACCAUCCUUUCGAAAUACAUGGCAGUGACGAAGUUUCCCCACUGUGUGGAAGAAGCAACGGGGGAGGAGGACCCCUCAGGCGCAGAGUCCAUACAAAGUGAGUACACUAAUAAUGCGUGUGAGGAGAGCCCUGCCAGGAAGAGCCACAGUGGUAGGCCAAAAUACGUUCCGAAUUGCAAAUACGGCGAUGCGAUUCUACAGAUGGAGGAUAAAAUAGGAAGAAAUGAAAGCCGCACAAGUGGCAGCGUCACAACCUUUUGCUUCAUCACGAAAAGUGAGCAAAGUAACCCAGACAUUAACUACACACUAUCGUUAAGCGAAAACAACCUGCACUUGUUGAGAAACCAUUUCGAUAUCCAUCCAUACUUCGACCUUCAGCAAGCAAUUAAAAAGGUCACCAUGGAUGAAAAUAAAAUUUGGGAAAUCAUUAAAGACGAAAUAAGGGAAAUAUACGAACGAAGAAAUGAACUUACAGCCUUAAAUGAAAAUAAAAAAAAAUACAAAAUUUUUAUUGACCACUGGGAAGAAGAAGAUCUCAUUCAUUACAAUAAUAUUCACUUCAUUUUGACUUGUGCAAAUUAUUAUAUGUCCUCUUUUUGCUCAUUUCAGAUUGUUGUUUUUUUUCAAAUAUUGAUACGAUAUAAUUUUACCAACACGACAAUAUCAAGGAAGAGUGUGCAUUCUUUUUUUUUGCAAUUUUUGCAUUUUUAUUUGUCCAAUGAGAAGUACUUUUCCCUCCUGCGCGAUGCGUAUUAUCAGCAGCUCCCUUCCUUUUGUCACGUGGAGAAUGCCCGCGUUUUUAUGCGCAAGAUGGAUGUCGUUUUGCGCUGCCUGCGCCCUCCCUUCCGCUACGUUGCGUAG